UCCAACACCUGCCAGCCCAGCAGCUGUCCUGAAGCCAUGGCCCUGGGUCUGCUGUGUCUGGGCCUCUCCCUGCUGCGGACCCUGCAGUCCCAGGCCCAGGACACCACUCCAACCCUGAUCCCGAGCCCACCUCUGAGCAAAGUCCCCCUGCAGCCAGACUUCCAGGAUGACCAGUUCCAGGGCAAGUGGUACCUCAUAGGCCUGGCAGGGAACGCAUUUCGGAAAGGAGGACAAAGCCAGUAUAAUAUGCACAGAACCAUCUACAAGUUGAACGACGACCACAGCUACAACGUCACCUCUGCCCUACUCAGGGGCCAGAACUGUGACGUCCAGAUCCGAAUCUUUGUCCCCAGUGUGCAGCCCGGCCAGUUCACCCUGGGCUAUAUGCCACCAAAGUCCACUUGGAAGGGGGUAGGCCUGCCUGCUCUUCUGUACAGAUGCCGUCCUGCGGGGAGAAGUCCCUGCUGGCUGAUGGAGGGGCACGGGGACAGCGCCUUCUUCGCAACCAGGGCAGGUAUGACCCUCACUGUGCACGCUGCAGAGUACCUUCCAGCACAGAGCUACACCGUGAGAGUGGUAGCCACCAACUACACUCAGUUCGCCAUGGUGUUCUUUGAGAGGAAGUACGGGAACAGAGUGAACUUCAGGACCACUCUCUACGGGAGAACCAAGGAGCUGAGCCCUGCAGUGAGGCGGAGUUUCGUCAACUUUGCCGAGUCUCUGGGCCUCACUGGUGACAACAUCAUUUUUCCUGUGCCCACGGAGAGGUGCAUCGAUGACUGAGUGUGCAGUCCCUCCGUUCUCCCUUUUUCUAGUUCCUUCACCCGCCACGGUGACACUGAGAGAGCUGGAAGACCCUUCUUACAGGACAGGGCUGCGCACCCGUCACCCCAAAAUCCACCCUGCUGAUGGAGACCCCUUGUGCUGAUUAAACACAUGCACCCUGUC